UGAGAAUCACAUGAGACGUGUGUUUUAAGUUUCGCUCUUCGGGCUGAGAGGAGGGUUUUUUUGGGGGAAACCUUGAAAGCACCGUGUCGUCAGUCUGUUCCUGGAAGAAGAAGAAGAAGAAGAAGAAGAAGAAGAGACCGGGCGGCCGCAGCAGCAGCAGCGGGCCACCACCUCUCCACACCCGGGCUGAUUUCACCGCGUUCCCGAGCCUUUAACCGGGAGUUCAGAUUAUUGAACCGGAUGCCUCUAUGGUCCGGUUAGCCUCGCAGCGAGACACACCGCGUCCAGUUAGCACAAGAGGUGAGCCAUGGCUGAACCAAACGCCUCCCGUCCCCAGAGGAAGAUGUCCACAGCUGGGGAGAGUGUGUACAAGGUGCUCGGGCUGGAGAAAGGAGCGACUGCUGAGGACAUCAAGAAAGCUUACAGAAAACUAGCGCUGAAGUAUCACCCGGACAAGAACCCAGACAACCCGGAGGCAGCGGAAAAGUUUAAGGAGAUCAACAACGCCAACUCUAUUUUAAAUGAUGAGACCAAGAGGAAGAUUUACGAUGAGUACGGCUCCAUGGGCCUGUAUGUGUCCGAACAGUUUGGAGAGGAAAGCGUCAAAUACUACUUCCUUAUGUCCAAGUGGUGGUUUAAGGGUCUGGUUCUGUGCUGUACACUGUUCACCUGCUGCUGCUGUUGCUGCUGCUGCUGUUUCUGCUGUGGGAAGUGUAAACCACCUGACGACGAUGAGAACUACCAGUACGUCGACCCUGAAGACCUGGAGGCCCAGAUCAAAGCAGAGCAGGACGGAGGUAACACAGUAAUCAUAGGCCAGCCCAAAUCUAACCUGGCUCCAGAAAGCCAAGAAGGCCAGAGUCAGCCCAUUCCCCUGCCGCUGGCCAUGCCUCCAACCGAGCCCAAGUCGCCGGCCUCGGCCAGUCCAGCAGGGGCGGAAAACCCCGGAGAGACUUUACCAGAGUCGAAAUGACUCGAAAGUGACGGUGUGGAUGAGCCUCGACAAGCAGAAAGCCUUCCGAGCCCCCGUUACGACCCUGCCACAUACGACUGCUGCCGGACGUCCAGGAACCCCGAGAUCGACCAGCCCAAAGCCACCAGCCAGCCCCAGCCCCUCACCCCAUGACCCAGCUCAUCCACACACUGGACAGCACCUGAGAAGUGGGCUCUCGAAGGCUCUGGACCCGCCGCCACUGAACUUGAACGAUGGAGUAUUCAUGUAAAUCAAAACACUAGCUGGACUCACUGAGAACUUCAUGCCAACUAGUACAAACAAGGCAUCUCGCCGUUCUUUAAUGAAUCGCCCCUCACCCUCCAGCCACAGUCCAACCUGGGGGGGGUCCACUUAUCCUGGGCUAUGAAUAUGGGAAUAUGAGGGGACAAAAAAAAAAAAAAUAGAUGGUGGAUCCUCUUAUUUAUCCAGAGCAAGACUGGAAUUAUCUCCAUCUCCCAUCGCGCCCAGUCUUCCUCUGCUCUGGGCUGUCAGGAACAUAUUUUUUACAUUUCUUCUGCUUAAAUUAUUUUGCCCUUCAGAAAGAAAAGCCACGAAGGUCAGCGGUCAAUCAACUCCUAAACGAAAUUGUCAAAUCAUCUGAGACCAGCAGCUCUUCUUCUUCUUCUUCCUCCUCUCGUCUCAAGGGACAGUCGACUUCAGUUAAAUGUUGCAUCGCUGCCAUCCGACGCUCAUUGUUUCUCUUGAUGCCGAGUUUAAUGGUAUUUAAAAAAAAUUAAAAAAAUGCUUCCAAGGAGGCGUUGACAGUCUGGAACAUUUCAACACUAUAGUUCAUACAAGCGCACAAUCUGAAGAUGUGACGCAGCAGAAGUGACUGCAGGAGGCGACGUCCACAGAUUAUGUGUGUUGUUGAAAACGUCUGAGCCAAAACCUGGAGAUACAAGAUACAGAGGAGCAGAGUCGAUAGUCACCACCCCCCCCACCGUGCAUGCAUUUCUGUCCGGAUGCAUGCCCCCCCCUAACUGUACAGCACUGGAAUACACAACCACAGAUGGAAGAACUGCCGACUCAAACCUUACAAACUCUGGUUACACACUUCAUCCUGUAUACAAAGACACACUUGUACCAGCCAACAUGUCAUUGUGUGCCACCCUUGGCUUAAAGAAGUGUAACCCCACAACCUUUAGACGGACGAUAACAGAUGCCAUACCGUGGAAAACAAAGCGUCAAAAAGAUGUAAAUGCAAACGACUUUUAAUGAAUUUUGUUUUGUCUACUGCGCUUCUUCUUUUGUUGCAGACUAAGGCUACAUCCACACAACUAUGUUUUCGUUUGGAAACACGUCAACUCUGGAGCUGCGUGUUAGUCUUGACGGGCGGAAACUGAGAUGUUUGGAAACCAUGACAUAGACACUCGCAGCCACUUGCUGAUUUGGUCGUUUUGUCACAAUGUAGAGUCGUCAGGCUGCUAUCACAUGACACCCCCCCCCCCCCCCCCCCCCCCCCUCGGCCACCAGCGUAGAACCCAACAUUGAGAAUCAAUUAAAAGUGUUACUGACCCUGUUGUGCAGUUAAAUUCUGUAUUUUACAACGAUAAAACCGUUUACAUGUGGAGGAGACGAGAUGUUAUUCAAGCAACGUGAGUGGUCACAUGAUGCGUGUUAGUGGGGCGAUUUAAAACCGACACGGAGCCAAAACACUCGUGAACAGAGAUCCUUUUACUUUGAAAACCACAUUUUUAAAUGAAAACGUUGUAGCAUGGAUGUAGCCUUUGUUUCGUAGACCAAAGCUAACAGCUCCAUGUAGCCAGCAGAUCCGUUAACGAGUCGGGUGGGGGCUGAUGCCAGUUGCUCUGUAAGCCACAGUUCUGUUUGUCAAAGUUUUGUAUCAUUUGCAUUUUAGGUGAAGUGAGUCUGUUGCCAUCUCAUGUCAUCGUCUUUCCUUUUUUGUCUCAGUUCAGGCUGUAAAUCUUUUUUUGUUCCUCUUUUGUUCCAGGAGAAAGGAAACAAUUGACUUUUAAGUGACUUGAUUAUCUAUAACGUCAGGUCCAGAUUCACUAAGGACGCGUGAAUUGCACUGAGUCUUUUUUUUUUGUUUUUCAUUUCAUUCACUUGGCUCUGGAACAGCACUGAGCAAGCAACCAAUCAUAUUUACUACAAAUUUCAGGCCUAAAUCAUCAAGUCCUGCACUUUAAUUCACAAGUGGUCCAUUCUAAGUUCAGUCCCUGAAGGCACCCAGACACAAACCAAGUUUGCGUAAUCCUGCUAUCUAACAAAUGCUGAUGGGGAAAAAAUAACCUCCUUGGCGGAGAUGACAAGCAGGCUGCCCGUUUCCAGUCUUUGUGCGGAGCUAACCAGCUGCUAGCUGUAGCAUAAUGUUUGGUGUACAGACGUCAGGGUGGAGUCCGUCUUCUCUUCUGUAUCUCAACACGAAAGAAACGAGGCACAAAACUUCGAAAAGGCUUUUUGAAAACAUCUUGCAGCCGUGCCAUCGUUUAGGUCCCUGGUUCAAACAUUGCUUUAGUGUCCGGUGUGGAGUUGUGUUGCUUGUAGGUAAUUUUUUUUAAGAGUUUUAAAAUGAAUGUUUUCCCUCUUAAAGUGGUGGCUGAAAUUCUAAGGUCAAUCCUUCCUUUUGUUUCUCCUUCCAUGAUAAAAUAAAGUCCGCAGUGCGUCCGUCUAGUAAAUGUGAAGCUCGUCUCUCAGCUGCUGGAACUCUUCACUCUUGCCUGGUGAACUGCAGUAAACUAACAUAGACCCACACGUAGGAGCAGCUUUGUUUCAUGACCUUGAAUCACAACCUGCUCAACAACCAGCUGAGAUCUGUUACUUCACUCUGUCCUGGACAUAUCAGCUUGUAUUUUUCUGUGGAACUGUCUGCAAACUUGAAGGUGAUUAUUUCACAUGAUUGUUUUUUUUUGUUUUUUCACCAUCGAUAGCCAAAACAUUUAAUUACGAGAGUUUCUAGUUACAUGUCAGGUCUUUAAUUUUCUUUAAAUCUUCUCAAAUGAUCUCACUUCAGUAUAGAGGCCAAGGUAGACUGGUUAUUUAUUGUUUUUUAAUUGUUGUAAAUAACUCAUGAAACAGCAAAUUAAUGACAAUAAUUCCUUAUUGUUAAUAGACAGUUUGUAUUAAAUUAAUGUCUGUUAUAACAGCGUACAUGCGUUUUUACUUUUUAUUUAUAUUGCAUAGAAAUUCCAUGACUUCAAUUUAAUAAUACUAACAUUAGUGGCUGCGGGAGGUCAAUGUUUUUGAUCAACUUCUGAGGUUGCAUCAUAGGUCUUAAUCCCUGCCUCCUCCAUGUAAGUUGAUGGUACAUGGAUCAAACAUAAAAAGAAAAUGGUUGCUGUCAUUUCAGGUCGUCUUUUUUCCGUGUCCCAUCUGCUAACAUAGAGGACGUGGGGGUUUAUAACCUAUACUGCAGCCAGCCAGCAGGGGGCGUCAUGUCGUUCAUCUUAAAAUCCAUGUUAACCCUCAGUCACCAACACAUCAUGGAGCGAACGUUCUUCCUUCGACUUUCCCGCUCUCUGCUGGGAAAGUUGUGCCGUGGUACAAUCUUCUACAAGAAGGUUUUUCUUUACUUCAAUGUCAAGAAACAAAUUGAAAAUAUGAGUCGACCAGCACGAGGAAGACAUUUUAUCAUUUUAGGUGACGUUUUUAUGUUUUUCUUCUGGAUGUGGACGAUCUGUAAAUGAGUUAUUAAUGAAAUUCAACCAAAUAAAAAAAACGGGGAUUUUA